CGGUUUGGUGUGAAACACUCUGUUCUAGACAAACUUACUGAGUCAGAGCUGCUCACAGUGGUGGUGAAUGGAACCAGACGUCCCCUCUAAAAGCUCCUCUCAGAAGGUUCCUACAGUAAAUGGUGAUGAAUUGAUGGCUGAGGCGCUGCAUCACAGCAGGAUAAACACACCAAAUGCCGAAGUUAGCUUCUUGGUCGCUAGCUAGUUAAAAUUCCCGUUCCAUCUUAAAUGGUACGCUUACUGCUGUGCCAUUUAAGGUGGAACGGAGAGUUCGAACGAAGAAGCAGGCGGAGAAGCCAGCUCCCAGUCGCUCUGGAGAUCGGCGUGUGGCGUGCGUGCAUCUUUUGAAAACAGUCACGUCCGCAGACCCCGACGUCACGUCCUGUGCGAGGAAGCGGUCGUCAUCGUCCGGCAGGAGUGAGCUGGAGCUCUGAACUGUAAGCUCAGAUGUCGUGGAUCCGGGAAGCAGAACUAAGCCUUCUGGAAAGGCUCUCUGCCAACAUCCUGAAGGCAGGGCCCAUGCCCAAACACGUGGCCUUUAUUAUGGAUGGCAAUAGACGUUACGCGCGGAAGAGACAUGUGGAGAGACAGAAGGGCCACAUGCAGGGUUUUGAUAAACUGGCAGAAACGCUACGUUGGUGUCUGAAUUUGGACAUCCGUGAGGUGACGGUGUACGCCUUCAGCAUAGAAAACUUCAAGCGCUCUAAAGAAGAAGUGGAUGGCCUGAUGGAGCUGGCUAAAGAGAAGUUCCUCCGUCUGCUGGAUGAACAAGAGAAUCUUGAAAAGCAUGGCGUCUGUAUCCGGGUGCUGGGAGACCUCACGCUGCUGCCAGAAGAUCUCCAGCGGCUCAUUGCUAAAGCUGUGGUGGCAACAAGGGCACAUAACAGGUGUUUUCUGAACGUGUGCUUUGCGUAUACAUCAAGACAUGAACUCGCCAAUGCUGUCAAAGAGAUGGCCUGGGGGGUGGAGCAGGGCCUGAUAAAGUCCAGUGACGUGUCAGAGGCGCUGCUGAACGAAUGCUUGUACACCAGCAACUCUCCAAACCCUGACCUGCUCAUCCGCACGUCCGGCGAGGUGCGACUCAGUGACUUUCUGCUGUGGCAGACCUCUCACUCUUGUCUAGUGUUCCAGUCUGUCCUGUGGCCGGAAUACUCUUUCUGGAACCUCUGUGAGGCUAUUUUACAGUACCAGCAGAAUCAUCGCUCUCUUCAGAAAGCUCAGGAGAUGCACAAAGAGGGCCAGGCCAUACGCCAGCUGGAGGAGGACCGCUUGUGUGUGGCUGAACAACUCCAGCAACGAGGCAACGGCAAGCCGAUGGACGCUCGCGCCCGACAGACCGUGCUGCUGAGCUACUCAGAAAGCCGGGAGGAGAGGGUGCAGCGCUUCCUCUGCGCUUUGCAGCAGAAAAGAGACACUUUCUUCGAACAUUUGAGCAGCCCGACAGUCGUGGCUUAGGCCUCUGUUCUCAUAUGGCAGCGGUUCUGGUCCUAGGGUUCCCCUGCGGUGCUCAUUUUAGCAUCUCUCCUGCUCUAACACACCCACUCAUGAAAGGCUUGAUAAUUAGACUCCUAAAAUUAAAGAUGCCUGGGACAUGCAGCUCUAGGAUAAACCUUUAAAGGCAGUGCACAGAAAAACCACAUUUGGUUCCCUAAAGGACCUUUCAUUGGAUGGUUUUUAGAGAACCAUUUGAGUGUGAAGAGUCUUUCGAGUAGAAGGAUCCUCUACACAACAUAAACGUUCUAGGAGAAGUUCUUAAAUUGGUAUAGAACCUUUAGGUUAAAAUGUAUUGCACUCACUCUUUUUCCAACAUAUUUCUUUAGGUAGAACCAAAAGUGGUUGUUUUAUGCACUGCUCAAAGAAGACUUUGUGAGCGUAGUCCAGAACAUUUACAGUUUAAGAGGUGGAGGAACGUCAUUCACACCAACAUAUAAUUUAAAACAAUGGCUCACCCGUCGCAAGUUUCUUUUGGGGAACCAAAAGUGGUUCUUGUGAGACGUUCUGUAAGAACCCAUUGGGCAAAUUAAUUUUUAGAAGUGUAGCUGGUUAGUUGUGUCAUGAGGAUUCAUGAAACUUAAGAAAUUUAUCUUGGGAAUUUUUACUUCUCAAUCUCGUAAGACAUGAGUGACCGCUCUCCCAUCGUUUUCAGGUUUUGUUGGAUGAAGAUUUUUGAACAUCAGGUUAUUUUUUUUCCCUCCAUUUUACCUCUAAAAUGUCUCACAGCAUCUAUGACUGGGUAUAAUCAGUAGGUUAAAAAUAAGUCAUUUGUACACGACAAUGUAAACCUAUGUAGACACUAGGCUUAAUCUUUCAAGUGGCACUUGUUAUAACACUGGCUGAGGUGAAAUGACGCUGAAAUGGUCAAAAGCAGUCUUAAAUAAGUUGGAAUGAGCUUUCAUAAAUUUAUGUAGGUUUAUGUCAGUCUUGCAAGGCUUAUGUAGGUGUCAUAACAAUUUGACUGCUGCUCUGUAGUCAUAUUUAGGAAUAUGGUUGUGACUAAAUUAGUGCUUUGUGUUGAUCCUAAUAUAUUUUUUAAGUAAAUUUUGGCAAACAUUUCCGAAUCUGGCCAAAUGUGGUGUUUGAGAGCAGGGAGAAAGCACCAUAAUGUGCAGGCCAGGAGCAUUCCAGGACCAGAAUUUGGAACCACUGUUCAGUCCUGGAGUUCCACUAUUACUGUCCAGGGCGGCUGGAUCAGGCCAGCCGUAAAUGGGUAACGCUAUGAAACCAGAAACGUUAAAAGGUUUUUUAUCUAAUAAUUUGUAUAUAGUUCAGAUGAGAAGGACGCACCCCCGUUUUAUGGGGCAGUGGACUAUUUAUACUUGUUGUCUUAAUGACUGUCCUGGACUGAAAGCACUUCACAGUACACUGCUCAACGUGGGAAACGAUCUCUGUUGAUUAGAAGUGUUGAUUUUAAUCCUUUGAGGUGUGGAGAUUUUGGAAUACGUGGCUCUCGGGUGUGGCAGAUGACUAUGUGGUUGACGUGACAUUCAGAAUGCUGAAUAUGAUUGAUUGCCGUAAUCCUCAAAGGGCGAAAGAGCGGACACUGAGCACUCAGUGCUACUGUGACAAUGUGUGUACAUAAAGACCAAUGAUUUAGAAAAUAAAGUGAUCAAUAUCAA